AUGAGUUUUGUGAAUCUCAACACAUGGGCACGCCCAAGUUUCGUGAUGAACCAUGCUACCAGAUCCAGAUCCCCAACUUUUUACCUCUUCCAUGGCCUUAGGAAGAUACCCAUUUCGCCAAUUAUCCCCGCAAAGCCCCAAAGGUACCAACUCUGUUCUUCUUCAACUGUUUCGGCGGUGAUGACCAAGGAGGAGACGGUGGAGGCUGAGAAAGAAAAAUCCACCUUCAAUUUCAAGUCCUACAUGAUUCAGAAGGCGACCCAGGUUAACCAGGCCCUCGACGACGCCGUUUCGCUCCAGAACCCUCUCAAGAUCCACGAGGCCAUGCGCUACUCCCUCCUCGCCGGCGGGAAGAGGGUCAGGCCGGUUCUCUGCCUCGCCGCCUGUGAGCUCGUCGGAGGGACCGAGCCCAUGGUGAUUCCAGCGGCGUGCACCAUCGAGAUGAUCCAAACCAUGGUAUCAAGCAAAAUAAUGAAUAAAAAGACCCAAAAAUGA